AUGUCUGAAGCACAGCCCUCGCAAAUCACGGGUCAGGUCAAGAACGCCCAGGGCCUCCUCUAUCAGGCCGUCGGCGCCAUCCCCGGCACGGCCGACAGCUGGACGACACAGGGCGCCGAGCUCGCCAAGGAGGGGCAGGACGAGGUGCACGCGGCGCAGGAGGCGCAGAAGUCCGAGGCGCAGGCAGAGCGCGUCGAGGGCAAGGUCCAGUCGGCAUGGGGCGCGCUCACGGGCAACCAGGAGACGCUCAACGAGGGCAACCUCAAGGCCGAGAAGGCAGAGUGGAAGGGCGCGGUCGCAGACGGCGAGAUCCCGGUACCGAGCAUGGACCGCGUCAAGGGCAAGGUCGAGAGUGCGGUCGGCAUGGCGACGGGCGACGUCGACAAGCAGCGCGAGGGCAACGUGCGGGCCGAGGCGGCAGAGUGGACCAAGGGUUGA